CUUUCCUCUGCCGCGGUAAGGAAGGUGUCGUUGUGUUUUUAUCGUUCAAGUGUUGUGACUAUUUGUGACUAAAGCCUAAGUGCAGCGCUAUUUGGAUAAGCCAAUUGUGUUUUCGGAUGGAUUGUGUUGGAGGCAGGAGUUUUUGAGGAGUGAUAAAAUGGCGAUAUCAAGGACGCUCUUAUCAGUGAUUGUGACACUCUCGGCUGUUAUCACUUACUCGGAGUGUCAUGUGGCCUUGACCUUUCCACCUGCGAGGAAAUAUGACCUUGAUUUCCUUGAUAACAGCAGGACAAAGGGUCCUUGUGGAAUGCCCAAAGGAUCAGUAAGGACGAGUCUUCUAUCAGGAUCGACCUUCAACAUAACGUGGCAUCUGGCGUAUCCUCAUAGGGGAGGUUUCAAACUUCAGGUCCUGGACAACUUAUUGAGGCCAGUUGUAGACCUCACUCCAGUCACCAAAGAUUCUGAAUUCGUCAGAGUAGAUGCUACUGCCCAGGCAUUCACUGUAAGACUACCAUCGGACUUCGAAUGCAAUGAUUGUACAAUCAGAUUACAACGAGAGGCUUUAGAGUGGGGCAAUGCUUACAGAUUCUGGUCCUGCGCUGAUGUGGACAUCAAGAACAGAAAGUCAUACAAGGAGGACUGCAGUGGCCAUGGACGUUACUUGUUGUCCAAGUGUCGCUGUGACAGACUUUACUUUGGCAGUCGCUGUCAAUACAGAGACGAGUGUAUAGACAACAGCGAUUGUGGAGACAGAGGACGCUGUGUAGAUGUGCAGGCGACCACAGCGCCGCGCAAACACUGCUACUGCGAACUCGGCUGGUUCGGGCCCGGCUGCACCAAACGAUCCCCAGUAAAGUCCACUGAUGUUGACUUGAGCGGACACAACCAUCGUGAAUUAGCUCCCGGUUUCCAGCUCUACUGGCGAAUCCUGAGGGAUGAUCAGGAAGUGGAGGUCGUACUUCAGGCUAACGGCACCAGCUACUUAGGUCUGGGUUGGAGACCUAGAGGAAUGACUCCUGAAUGCAAGAACUUUCCAACAAUCGACGAUCUUCCCGGUGCAGUCACAUCAGACCCUAGCCACUCUCCAACCAGCGAACCAGAACCUAAAGGAGAACCGGAACCGACAAGUGAACCAGAGCCAAAAAGCGAACCCGAACCGAAAAGCGAACCUGAGCCAAAAAGUGAACCAGAGCCAAAAAGCGAACCAGAGCCAAAAAGUGAACCAGAACCAAAAAGCGAACCAGAACCAAAAAGUGAACCAGAACCAAAAAGUAAACCGGAACCAAAAAGUGAACCGGACCCAAAAAGUGAACCUGAACCUACUAGCGAACCCGAACCCACAAGUGAACCAGAACCUAAGAGUGAACCUGAACCAAAGUCUUCGCUAAGAACUGGACAAAGGAAUCCCAAACGGAUUGUGUCAUCCCGAGACACAACAAAUCAACAGAUUCCAGACACUAAUGAUCAUCCGGAAGUGUCAGUGGCCCAUAGUGUCUCCUACCGAGUCAGUUCUUCAAGUAAUCGGGGGAAGCGUGCAGCUAUGGAAGACGAAACUUCACGCAGAGAUACUGAGUCUGCGCCAGAGCCAUCAUCAGAACCAGAACCAAAAUCUGAACCUGAACCAAAAUCUGAACCUGAACCAAAAUCUGAACCUGAACCUGAACCUAAAUCUGAACCAGAACCUAAGUCUGAACCAGAACCUAAAUCUGAACCAGAACCUAAGUCUGAACCAGAGCCCAAAUCAGAACCAGAACCUAAGUCUGAACCCGAACCCAAAUCCGAACCAGAACCUAAGUCUGAAUCAGAGCCCAAAUCAGAACCAGAACCUAAGUCUGAACCAGAACCAAAAUCCGAACCAGAACCUAAGUCUGAACCAGAGCCCAAAUCAGAACCAGAACCUAAGUCUGGACCCGAACCCAAAUCCGAACCUGAACCUAAAUCUGAGCCUGAACCUAAAGGAAAACAACAGGUUACAUCAACCAAAGAGCAUGCUAAAGUUGGAAAAGGGGCAGUUCUUAGACCGUACACACCUCGGCACGACUUCAACGCCAUGGACUGUACUGACAUUGUCAUUGGAAUGGCGAGAGGAACUGCAAGUAGAAUAUGGGAUUACUACACUAGAGACAGAUCCACACCUCGUUUGGAUAUGUUCUGGGGCGGCAAGAAUGAUUUGACAGCAGCCAUGGGAUUUGAGAAGGAUGGCGUCACAACAAUUUUGUUCAGGAAAAAACUCAAAGCCGCUGAGCCCACAGACCAUUCUAUAGAAGAGGACUUGAUGCAUGUGAUCUGGUCCCGGGGCCAAGAGCCAGGCAAGUACCACCACUUCCCCAAAUCUGGCCUGGAGAAGGAUAUGGCAAAGGUGAAGGAAUUCUACAAACCAGACGAGCUCAAAUACCAUGGCCAUGGCGACCAGAGAGGAGUAAUCAGCCUUAACUUCUACGAAUCCACCUCAGAGACAGCAGCUGCUGGUAACGAGGUGGCCAGUGGCGCAGAGCCCCCAGUGCCCAAGAUCACCCCAUGCCAAGGCGAGUGGGAGUCUCCCAGAGGUUGUGAUGUUUCCAAGGGCAACUGUGAGUAUCAUGCCCAGUGGGAGUUCUAUCCUCGUAAGGAUGAGAUUAAGUUUACCAUCACAACCUCUAACACCAACCACUGGACGGGCAUCGGCUUCUCUGAUGAUCAGAAAAUGUCGCAAACAGAUGCAGUUCUAGGCUGGGUGGACAAGUCUGGCCGUCAUUUCCUCAUGGACACUUGGAUCGGAGGCUACACUUCUCCUCUUCUUGACACUUCACAGGAUAUCUACAACAAGACUGGCCGCAUAGAGAAUGGUCUCACCAUCUUGUCUUUUGUUAGAAAGCGAUCCACCCAAGAUCAAAGGGAUAUGUCGUUCACGGACGAUAAGUGUUUCUACAUGAUGUUCCCUGUCAAAGGAGGAGUGUUCAAUUCCGUCAAUAAGAAAAUACGCAAACAUGAAGUUAUCCCAAGAAUAUCUGCACAGAGGAUUUGCAUUCGGUCCUGUGGAGAAGGAGAGGAGAUUCCCACGACAGCUGAGCCACCUAGAAUCGGAUACAAUGUAGCUGUCAAGUUGGUGCAACUAGGACAGAACUUUAAAGCUCCUGCAACUGGUUCUCCGGACUUUGACCUUUUGGCAAACACUGUCAGUGAUGGCUUCAACAGAGCUCUCAACAAGAUACCUGGCUUCCACAAGAUGGCAGUCAAAGAGUUUCAGCAGGAGGAGGACAAUGUGAUUGCCCGGCUGAGUCUAGAGCUGGACGAGGCCAAGUUGGACCGAGGCAGAUCUCUGGAAGAUUCUCAUGACUCUGUUGUGCAAGUUCUAAACGAGACAGUCAUUAGUGGCAAGGUUGGAGCUCUAACCCUAGACCCUCAGUACCUCAAAGUGGAACCUCUGGAGAUUACGACAAACUUGAUUGAUAACGAUCCCUCAGCAAGUUCAACUCUUCUGCUGUCUGCGACGAAACUGUGGAUCGUCAUUGGGUGUAUCAUCGCCCUCGUAGCCGUGGCUAUCGUACAGGCCGGCUGUACCAUCUACAGAACCAUGAGGUCUCCUGCGCCUAACAAUAAGGACAACCUCAUACCAAACUCUGCAUGGAAAGACUAUUCAGCCGCCAACACUAAUUACGCCUUUGAAGCUUUUGAAGCUGAAGAAAAGCAGCCAGGUUCAAUAGCACAUACCAACGGUUCUUCUAGAUCAACGAUGCCUCUCACAUCCAAACCUAUGCCUCGAGACACCCGGGAUGGUAGAGAAAUGCGGGACGGCAGGGAAAUGCGGGAUGGGAGAGAUAUGCGCGAUGGAAGAGAUAUGAGAGAUGGAAGGGAAAUGCGGGAAGGAAGGGAAAUGCGGGAAGGAAGAGAAAUGCGGGAUGGAAGGGAAAUGCGGGAAGGAAGGGAAAUGCGGGAUGGAAGGGAAAUGCGGGAUGGAAGAGAUAUGAGGGAUGCCAGAGAAGGAAGAGAAGUCCGUGAAGCUCCACAUGGCUAUCACACACAGGAUAGAGAACGAGGUAAUUACGCAGACACACGAUCACUCCAAAGGCCACGCUACGGACAAGGCCCACCAGAUCGUAGUACUUAUUCCCUGCCCCGCCAUAACCAGCCUCCACCACCUCAACACAAUGGGUUCUACACCCACAGACCACCACGCAAUGACCAACUGCAGCCAGACUUCUACUUUAUGCCUUCGCAAAGGAAAUACUCUGGCGAAGUGGUCAGAGUUUAUGUAGACUAUAACACCCCCAGGAAGUAAAAUGUGAGAGGCUCGUCUAAUUUGUUAAAUAAAUUAGUUGAAAUUUUAACUUUAAAAAUUUUUCCUUCAUUAGAGUGAACAUUUGUGAUAUGUACUGACUACUGAUUUCAGUUGAAGUACCUCUCUGGUUUAUUAAUUUUGUAUGGGGUUUUACAAAUGUUUUUUUUUUUAUUGCAAAGAAGUUAUUAGACCGUCAGGAAUCGUAUGGGAAAUAUAUGGUGGACAUAAUUACUUCAUUGUAGAAGAGUGCUCGUGUAAAAAUUUUUUUAAAAGCUUCGCUUUUGUUUGUGAGCAAGGUAUUCAAAAGUAGCCUAUUUAUAAAAUUCCCCUCCAUUAUUAUAGGCCUAAUUAGUAAUUUUUCUUACUUAUGUUAAGACCACAUGUAGUAGGCAAAAAAGUGAGGUCACAAAAAUGUUUGAAUUUAGUUUCAUCAAAUAGGCAUAUUAUAUCAUGUACUGUGCCCCAGUCGUUGUGGACAUGUUGACUGGCAUUUUAAUUUUGAAAAUCUUAGAGCCUUACUAUGCGCGGCCACUUGAGUGGCUUGCGACCGCGACUGCUCAGUCGUUUGGUAUGGCCGCAGGUGUGGCUAGGGGUAGCGACAAGUGUGGCGAGGUCACGCAUCUAACCGAGUUUUAAACAGACUUGCAUGUAGUUUCUCACAGUGAAUAAGUAAAGAAGCUGAACUAUCUAUUUUACUUUUACUUGAGCGCCGUUUUUCAGUUUUUAUGUGAUGAUCACAGAGAGGAUGACAAGAAAUAUUAUGGGUGUUUCCGGGAGACGAGACGUUCUUUUGAUUACCUUUUAGGAAGAAUAGAAGGCGAAUUAUCUGUAUCCCAUAAGAAAAUGAAUAAUUUUAUUUCAGCUAAGGAGAGGCUAGCACUUACCUUAUUUAAAUAUUAUAAUGGUUUUGAUUUAAUAUAAUCAUAAUUAAUACAAUUUUAGCAGCAAAACUCUGCAUUGCCAAGGGCUACCUAAAAUUCACAACAAUGGUAGGCCUAAUAAUUGAGGAAUACAGACAGUAUCUUGAACUUAACUGACUCAAAUGAUAACAUCUCAAAUUAAAGCCUUUGUUUUGAGGGGUAGGCCUAUUUUAAGACCAAGUAAUGUAGAAUAACUUAAAUAAAAAUGGAGUUACGUAUCAUUGAUUGCAGAUUAGUGUUAAAGUAAUAAUAAUUAUUGUUGAUUCGUGAUUCAGUGUCAUGCUUCAUGUACUUCUAAUCUUAAUAACCAAUAGCUCAAAAUAAAAGCUGGUAUUUCAUUGAAGGUUCUUAGACCAAAACAUAUAGGAUAAUGUAAUCAGAAAGGGCGAAAUACCGCUUUAAUUGAAGUAAGACUUUGAAAAAAUCAGAUUUAUUUUUUUGGUCGAGUAGUACAGUAGAUAAAUAAAUGAUGAUGCUUGGAGGCAAAUCUGUUUGUGAAUACCUUUAAUUUAACACCAAAAUUAUGAAAACCAGGUAGAAGAGCCGAACCAACUCGGAAAAGAAAACCAAAAUUUAUUAAUAAUAUAGAUAUAGAUAAUUAUAAUAAAAUGUUGAAACAAAAAUCGGGACUGAGGCGAGGGCAGAGAGUAGGGGUCCGCUGUGGCCUGCGACUGUGGCUGCGCGUACUAAUAAAUAAUAGCAUAUGAGAACAUGGCCCGCUGGUGACGUGACAGUCCGUGUGGGGUUGCGAAUAGUAGCGAGGGUGCGCGACUGUCGCGUGCCUUGCCACUGCAGUCGCAUCGCUUAAUAAGCUCCAUAUGAUAAAAUGGCCCGCUAAAAGUGACCUUUGAGUAGCCGCGGUCAUAAUAAGGCUCUUAGAUAUAAAUAUAAAUAAAACAUCACAGGUUUUAACUUUUGUUCCACUCAACACAUUCCAUGCAGAGCUGUAACAUUUACGUACAACACAUUUAUUGUGCUGUUUUCAGGAAAUGUUCUAUUUGACCUGAAACAAACUCUUUUGAAACAAAACUAAAUUUUGGCCUAGAAAGGCAAAGUCUAAGUGAAGACUAUAUGUGUCAAAAUUAGUUAUACAAAAUCUUGGGGUAAGUUUCAUGUGGAUGAUCAUUUCUUUAUAUAUUGUACGAUAGCCAAUUUAUAACCUAUUGAAGAAGUAGUCAUGUAAAAAAAACAAUUAAGUGAUUUUGAAGGCCUAAAAAUUCGAAGUAUUACACAAUUAAUUAUAGGUUUUUAUAGUGCAGUUAAAUACACAACCGACUGUACAAGAUUCACUUUAUACCUAAGAUUUACUUAUAUGAGUGAAAAUUUAAAAACGUACGUUUUCAGGAAAAGCACUUUGCAAAUUUUUUCCCCCUUUUUUCAAAACUUUUAUUAUUUUUUUUAUUUCAUUAACAUUUGAAGUUUCAUAAAAUGUCCAUGGUAACGCAAUAUCUUUGGUAGUUUCUUUUUAAAAGAGCAUCUUUAGUGGAAAAACACAAAAUCCUGUCACGACCAUAACGGACGUUUAUAUGAAUAUUAAAAAUAGUUAAUAUUAUUUUUAUAGCUAUGUUUUGCUAUAAACUAAUUUACUUUUAUGACCAUUAUACAAUAAAAAGGUCACUGAGCUUUUGGUAUAUUUGGUCUUUCUAGAAAAAAAUAAUAAAACUCAAAAAAUUGAAAAAAAGCCAAUAAAAUCUUUUUAAGUUUGUAUAACUCCGAAAAAACUUACCUGAGACCCGAAAAAUCGUUAUGUUUGUAUAGAGGUGUGCAUCUUUUGUGUAUAAAACAUUAAAAUAUGACGAUAUUUUAAUUUUUUUAAUUUUUAUGAUAGAAAUCAUAAACGUGAUGGUCAGGGACAAGCGGUACGGUCGUGAAUUGUCUAGAAAAAUCUAAAUCUUUCUAAACAAUCCUUCAAUUAUCCUGUUAGUUAUAAUAAAAAUAUGUGUUUCAAUUGAACUAAACUGUUCAAUUUACAAUUAUAUUAAAGUUAUUGUCACGACCAAACACAUUAUAAUCCAUAAGGCUGGACUGGUCGUGAAAAAACCCACGAUGGUCGUGAAACUUUGGUCGUGAUAUUACGUGUUAUUUGGCUCUGUUCUGGCGGUAGCCCUGCACCUCAUGUUCGAGGAUACAAAGUGGACUUCUAGGUUAAUCUUGCAAUUGAAAUAUCUUAUAAACAAAAAUCAACACCAUGUCUACUUCAUCGAAUGACUACGCACGGUCAUGGACACACCAAAAUUACAAAAAACACAAUCUUUCCUUUAUUAAUCUUGUAAUUCCUCCUUUCAACUCGAAACGACCGGCACUACAAUCCUGACGUACACCCCGAACUAGUCUCUAAAACCAACUGACUCCAUUGACGCCAGGCUUGCCACUGUCGUGCUCCAAAGUUGAAAAUUUUUCCCAAAUGGUCGUGACGCCAAAUCGAGGGACAGACUUAUUUUGUCAUGGUAGUCAGUUUUUAAUGACAAUAAAAUUAUAAUAUGCUCCUUUUUUGUAAGUUUAAUAACCAUUGAUGACAUAAAAAUAUGGCUUUAUAUAUUUUGGCAUGAAUAAUUAGUCUAAAAUCAGCGUGAAAGUUGGAAAAUGUACCCUAGGGACACGUCAUGGUCGUGAAUUUUGAGACUUUAAAAAUACGAAAAAAAUACCUAGAACCUAUUUAAAACUAAAUAAAUGUGUGUAACAUGUUGCCCCCGUCCCAAAAAAUAUUAAAACACAUAAUAAUAAACUACAAAUCCAGUAUCUAGGAAGUAAGAGGCCAGGGACAUGAAAACGUACGUUUUUAAAUUUUCACUCAUAUGUACAUAGAUAAGUAUGAUUGUGCCUGAUAUAUUGUAGAGUUUAGUUUGUAAAUAAACUAUUUGAAUUAAUUAAGAAGUUUUUGGACAAAUACUUCAAAGUGGAACUAUAUAUUGACGAUUUUCAUUUGUACAUUAACUAAAUCAUUUUUAAACAUAUCAUAGUUGUACGCUUUUGAAGUAUUUGUUUGAAAUUGAGAAAAUCAACAUAUUACCAUUAUUAUCUGUUGAAUCUAACAAUGUAAAUAAGCUGUAACAUUUGCUCAGAACAAUGAUAUUAAAUACAGUUUUGUCAUUAUGUAAAAUACAAAGAAUGAUAAAUAAAA